GCUUCAGAGAGUCAACCGUCAGUGUUGAAGUUCACUUUGUCGUGCUAGUACCGCCGCUGUGUAUUGCUGCCGUUCAUGCAAAAACAUUUUUUUUUUUCAAGUGUUGUUGGUGAUGAACACAUUUUUUGCGCUAGCAACUAGUUUGUAUUUGUAUUUGUGUUCCAAAGGUUUAAAUUUUGUUGUGAAAACAAAAACAAUAUCGUCUUUGAGGAACAAAAGAUCACACAAACAUUAGUCAAGGAAACCAAAAUAAGCACACACUCUAAGAACCUGUUUCUCUUUUGUUAUUAUAAUUAUUAUUAAUAUACAUAUAACCUGCAUGAAGCUCAAGCUGUAUGUUUAAUAAAUAAUUUAAAGCCAAAAAGAAAAUGUAAGGCUCUGAAUUGAACAUGUUACGGAGAAGCGAUAAUACGAAACACCUGUUUGACAUACUUAAGUAUUCAGAUUAACUUGAGUUUAACAUGAAAAGAUUUGUUGUCCUUGCCGUACUAGGCAUUGCGUUGCUCUCAUCAGAAGCUACUCCCGUAUCUAAAUCUAAUUCAAUUGAAUUCCUCAUAUUACACAACAAUGAUAUGCAUGCUCGGUUUGAACAAACCAGUGUAAGUGGAGGAAAAUGUUCGCAAGGAGACGAGAAUACCAACAAAUGUUAUGGUGGUUUUGCAAGGACUGCACACGAAAUUCGUAAAUUCCGGGACGAAGCGAAAUCAACUGGACCUCCAAUACUGUAUUUGAAUGCAGGAGACACAUAUACCGGGACUCCAUGGUUUACCAUAUUUAAAGACAACAUAACAGCAGCGUUUUUAAACAAACUUUCUCCUGAUGCCAUUUCCUUAGGAAAUCAUGAGUUCGAUGAAGGCGUCGAAGGAUUAGUUCCCUUUUUAAAUAAAGUCAAAUUUCCUGUACUUGCUGCAAAUUUAGAUCUUUCUAAGGAACCGGAACUUUUAUCGGCAAAAAGUCUUAUGAAAUCCAUUAUUCUAGAGGUAUCAGGAAUCAGAGUAGGUGUAAUUGGAUAUGUUACACCUGAAACAAAACUUCUCACUUUAAAAAACAAUGUAGAAUUCAAAGACGAAAUAAGAUCCAUUAAGUAAGUAGAAAAAUAGAAAUUUAAGGUGUUAGUUAAUCUUAAAAUUUCAAGUCAAUUAUAUCUAACCAGUUUUUUCUAAUAAAAUCGAGGGGAUGACGAAUUUAUUUAAUAUUAAUAUAA